GUCGGGGUCGGGGGAGGAAAGACAAAGUGGUUUGGUUUUUUGUUUGUUUUGUUUUUUCUUCCCCCACCCCCCCCCCCCCCCCUUUUUGCGGGGGAAGGGAAAAAUAAAAGCAGAACUGGGAGGAAAACGGAGGGGGGAAUCACACCCGGAGAUAAAAGAUUCCUGCUCCUCCCAUUUUUCCCAGUAGCCGGGUACAGCGUUGUUCCUCUCCUCUCCUGCCACUGUCGCUCCCGUUUCCUGACAGGUUAGUCUGCCGCCCUACGGUGCUGGACGGGGACGACACCGGGUCGGGUGAGGGCAUACGGGGGAAAGGCUGUGCUUGAACUUUCUAUGAUGCAGAAAAUGUCUCUGGAUGGCAGACUCUGAAAAGAAAUGCAGUUUUAAGAGAUACCAAAGAUGAUGACUAGAAAGAUUAAGCUUUGGGACAUUAAUGCCCACAUAACCUGUCAUUUGUGCAAUGGAUACCUGAUUGAUGCCACCACUGUAACAGAAUGCUUACAUACUUUCUGUAGAAGCUGCUUGGUGAAGUAUUUGGAGGAAAACAACACCUGUCCAACAUGUAGGAUAGUUAUACACCAGAGCCAUCCAUUACAGUAUAUCGGUCAUGAUAGAACAAUGCAAGAUAUUGUUUACAAACUUGUGCCAGGCCUCCAAGAAGCUUCUUUUACAGCGGAAAUGAAAAAGCAGAAGGAAUUCUAUCACAAACUGGGUAUGGAAGUACCAGGGGACAUCAAAGGGGAGAUAUGCUCUUCAAAGCAACAUCUAGAUUCAUAUCGCAAUGGUGAAACUAAAACAGAUGAAAAUUCAAACAAAGAAACUUCUGAAGAAAAAGAAGAUAAUGACUAUCAUCGAAGUGAUGAACAGGUGAGCAUCUGCUUGGAAUGCAAUAGCAGCAAAUUACGUGGAUUGAAACGAAAAUGGAUCCGCUGCUCAGCACAAGCAACAGUCCUGCAUCUAAAGAAGUUCAUUGCUAAAAAACUUAACCUUUCUUCUUUUAAUGAGCUGGAUAUAUUAUGCAAUGAAGAGAUUCUUGGCAAGGACCACACACUCAAGUUUGUAGUUGUUACUAGAUGGAGAUUUAAGAAAACACCUCUACUGCUACAUUACAGACCCAAAAUGGAAUUGCUGUAAGAGAUCUUUAUUGUCCUUCUGGACAGUUUUUUUUUUUUUUCAGAGACUAUCAUCUGACACCUUAGUGCAGCAUUUAACUCUUAUGUAUUGUGAACCAACAGAAUCAUUUUGGAAGUCUGUAAUGCUUUUAUAGCAGACUGUCCUUCUGAAUAUUUCUAGUGAUUUGCUGCAUGGAUUUUUGGACAAAUAUAUAUAUAUUUUUGUACAAAAUGAAAUAAAUCGCAACUCAACAGUACUCUAUCAGCUCUGAGUUUACAGGUAGUGAAAACACUUCACAGUUCCAUGGAGCUCAGCCUGAUUCAUCUAUUUGUAGCCAUACAAAAAUAAGUUAGAAUGUUGUGGGAAUGAUUUAAAAUGUUGCUUUUAACACCAAAUUACUACAUCUGCUUGUUUUUUUUUUUUCUUGAAACUUUACAACUUAUUUCAGUAUGUCUUUCUGAGUUGUUCUUGUUUUAUAUAAUAUGUCCAGUUUUGUCACCUUUAAUCAAGCCAUUCUAUAGAACAUUGAAUAUAGUGAAUCAUAGUGUAUCAUUGAAUUAAUGAUACAGUGACUGGUAAUAUUUAUUAUGCUGCAUUAUAAACUUCCAAAAAGCCUGGAGAUCCAAUUAGUUCAUUAGUUUUAUGCAAUGUUUGAUCUUUAUUUUGUAUUUCAGUAAUGUUUUAAUAUCCCCACAUUUGUGUUGUUUUGGGUUUAAUAGAAAUGAGUUCACUUGACUUUUUUUUUUAAUCUUUUUUUUUUUUAAUAAGCCUUAAUAUUUUUGCCAUGGAAUACAUUAGGUCUGACUGUAAAAAAUACUCAGAAGUACUGAACUUGUGAAAUUGUUUUAAAACAAAUAUGUCAUGUAAUCAGAGAUUGCAAAAAUCAAAUUUUACUUUAGGGAGUAUUUGCUCUUUCAUAGCUGUAAAAACUAUGGUUGUUAGGCACCUUUUAUUGACGCUGCAGAAGCUUCCAUUUCACUAGAUAAAAAUUCUUCAGUUAACUGCAAACCAGUUCUGUGUUUCUUUCCUUGUUUUCUAUAUGAAACCAUAACUAUUUUAAGCGCAACUGAUAGUUAUCUUUGAGGUCAGAUUAGAUUACAGGGGUACCUUCUGACCUUAUUUGAUAAUUUUGAUUGUGUCAAUCCCUGAGAGAUACAAUAUGUGUAUGUGUGUCUAUGUACAGAUGUGCAUGCACCUUAGAGAAUCCACCUUCAGUAGUACUUAGCAGAGUAUUGAUUACACUGCUUGAAAGGCUUUUUAAAAUAGUCAGCUUCAUAAAACUGUGGUAGUAGUUGAAAGUGAUUUCUGCAAGCUUUAUGCUGCAUAGCAUUAUAUAUAGCAUGGGUGUGUGUGUUUGACAUGGGGUCUUAAGUCACUGAAAAGAAGAUAAGUAGUAUUAUUGGCAGCUGGUGGCUGCCAAUAAUUUUUAACUCUUGGAUGAGUUUUCCUGUCAGCUGAAAAUGGCAGUUAUAUCAAACACUUUAUUCUUUCAUAAAAUGUCAAUGACUCAGAAAAUCAGUAUGCCAGUUAGCACUGUCCUGUUUCUUCCAGAUGUGUUCCCCUACUUUGCAAGAAAGCAUUGCUUAAUGUUACUUGAUAAUGGGAGGUUGAUCCCACAAGAGGCUUAUUCAAGUAUUCUAAAUCCUGUUGUCUCUUCCUGAAUUUUUCAAACAUCAUGUUGUUCUGUGCAUCUUCCACGCUUUUCUUAAUUGGGCUUUUCAGUUCUUUCCUAGUUUUGCUGUUGCUAGAGUGAAGUGUUAAGCUUGCUUGUUUUUCUUUGGGAAUGGGGCCCUUGUUUUCAUUUCAGUACCCACAUGUGAAUGGUAAGGAAGUUGAAAGAAAUGCAAAGAGGAAAAAAAGUCUACUGAACUAUGGGGGUGGUCAAGAAAGACACAGUAAGGCCAGUGGAAUACUGCCAUUUCUGCAAACGAUGAUGUGAGACCAUUAAUUUUGAACACCUGGGUUAGACAGGACUUCUUUAUGUCAAAGUUUAGAGAAUGUACGUGAUGGAGUUAGAAGUUUGGUCCAGUUUUGCUGUAUUGUUUCUGUACUUGCUUACUUAGCUUUUAGCUCGUUUUAGCAUUAAUAGAAGUGGCAGAAGAGGACAGGUGAGAUCUAAUUAAUCUAUAUUUUUGGUAGUUUUUCCACAGUGGAUGCAGGUGACAUGGAUGUGUGUGCAAGUUGACAUAAUAGGCCUUUCUGGAGCUGUUCAUGUCACUAUCAUUGUAUACUUCCCAAUGUAAAUCAGGGUCUGGUUCCAGUUGUUGAAGCCCCCAGAAAGUGCAAAUAUGGUUCUAAAUACCCAUCCUCCAUGUACCCUAAAUGUACCUGAUGGAGCUCAAACCCAUAGACCAUGUAAAUGCCUAAUUCUUCAGGUGCAAUCUAAGGGUUUAAUAAAUACAUUUGUGAUUGGUCUACCUCAGUAUAUGUACACCAUGGAAACUUAUUGCAAGAUCAGAUGUUGAUGCAGUGUUGUUGAAGUUUAUUGAGAUUUUAGUGUUAGUUCUACAACUGAAAGAGGUUAGCAAUUACAAACGUAAUUUCAGAAAGCACUCAGCCAUUCAGUUCUAACUCUUGCUCUAACAGUCUAUAGUACAGAAUAUGUAACUACAUUUGGAAUCACUUGAAUUUGUUAUGGUGCUAUAUCAAUAUAUUUAAAUCUGUUUAUAUAGGUAUGCAUCUGUAGCCAGUGUUAACACUUAUAGCUGGUGAUUACUCAUAAUUCUAUCUGUGUUUAAUCUGAUAAAACCUCAGCAAUGUUAAAAAAAAAAAACACACACACAAAAUAAAACAAACAAACAAACAAACAACCCACACCUCACAGCCCUAUUUUUUCUCAUCAUGUCACAAUAUAUUCAUUCCAAAAACUUAUUUCCCAUGGGGAGGGAUGGGAUGGUGUCUACACAAUUUGUUUGCUUUCUAGCUUUAUAGAAAGACUACACUACAACUGUUAAUUAAAGUCAGAGGCAAGCCUUGGGGUCAAAAUUCAGUUUUAUUUCUUUGAAGCUUAAGAAACAGUUGGUUUAAUGUCAAAAUUAUAUUGGGUAAAACAAUACUGACUUUUUUAACUUUAAAAUCUUAAAGUUGGGCUCAGUAUAGAUAUUUCUUGAAACUUGCUGAGGUCAUGAUUAAUUUAUUUUGAUCUUAAUGAAGAUAGCAUUACUGUGAAGUAAUUUUUACAUCCAUUUAUGCUGGUAAAUAAUUGAGACAAAAGGUAUCUUAUAUCAUUAUCCUCAGCAGCAAUGACACUGAAUUAUCCCAGGUUCAGAGCUUCUGUAGAUAUAGUUUUCAUUAAAAAUAGGUAAUUCACAGAAAUAUAUAUAAUAUUGUAUUUAAAUAAGAUUUGUGAACUUGGAAAAGUUAACUUUAUAAAAAUUAUUUAUUAUAUUAAGCAUUAUGUUUUAUUUUGUCAUCUGAGUAUUUUUGGUUUCAAAGGUCCCGCUUUAUUUGCAUAUAAGAACAAAAAAGGUUUUACAGAUUCUUUUUAUAUGAAGUUUGAAUGCCUUUUAUUUGUGUCUUUGCGAUGUAUGGCUAAAGAGCAUUGAUUACUCUUUUGUCCAGUGGGUCAGAAACAUGCAUUUAUAAGGCAUGUGUUUAAAUUGUAAAUUUAGCAUCUACUCCUAAACUGAAAAGGAAUGUAGGAGGUAAUUUUCAUAUAUAUAUUCAGUGGGUUUUUGCUUUGGAUUUUCAUUUGUGGCUUUUGUCAUUGUUUUGUGUUUAAGAACAAAGUUUGGAAUUUUAUGGGGUUGUAAAAUGUGUAAGUGCAAGAACUAUCCAUCAGCAAUAUUUUAAAAUGAAUUAUCUAGCAAGAAUUGUGGAAGUAAUCUGCAAAAGAUGCAGCCUAUCUAAAACUGUAUUUUGCCAUUCUUAUGUUUGGUAUCUUUGUGUGUCAUCUAAACUGGGAAUAUUUAUUUUUACUGGUUGCGCAAUAAUAUACACAGCACUUGUAACCUCUGAUAACAUGCAACUGCCAAAAUAAUACUACAACUAUGAUGGUACUAUUUUUUUUCAAUAGGCUAUGAACCUUUGAAAGCUUUUCUGGCUCUAUUGUUAUAACAGUAUAAUUAGUCUUAAGAGAUUCACUUUGUUGUUGUUGUUGUUCCUACUGGAUGGUAAAAGUGACUAUACAGCUAGCCUAUUUUCCAAUUAUAUGAAUCGUAGUUAAGUAUAAUAGGAAAGAGCCAACUAGUCUGUACAUCAACACAUUAAACUUAAUAAAUGUGUUUUCUCAGCAGUACUUCAGUGUAUUUAGUACAUAAGGCUGAAUUGUAUAGAGAAAUCUAGUUUAUGUAUUUCCUAUGGUAAUUGAUUCAGUUUGGACAUUUCACCUGGAGAUAUUAAUACAAUCUAUGCUUUAGUUCUUCUGCCAGAAGUUAAUAGUUAAUAACAAGAAAAAAUGUCGUACACACUGGAAUCAUUGCAUAAGAUUCACUUAGCUACAACUGAGAGGUAUUGACUUCUGUCUCUUUUAAAGGUGCAGAGAGAGCAUUACGGUGCAUAACAUUAGCAUAGAAAAAUAAUUUAAUGUCUGCUUUCCUCAAAAUCUGUAAUCAGGUACAGACACUCUCUAGGUACCUGCCUUUUGUGGAAAGCCAACAGUUAUAUUUCUACAACAGAGUUUGAUAUGCCUAUAUACAAAUCUAAAACUCCACUUCUGCUCAUUGAGCCACUUGAGCGGAUCCUCAAGGCUUCUUGGAAACCUUUUGAAGCUGCCAUGAUCUGCUGAGGUCAGAUUACAGGACAGAGGUUAAAAGUCCAAUUCUGCAAAUUCUUACACCGGUAACUUUAUUACUAACCUGGAUGAUUCCACUGAAGGCAGUAGAAUUGCUUAAAUGUGUGUCUGCAAGAUGGAGUCCUAAUUUUUGAAGGAUGGAUUGAUGUUUCUGUAACAUUUAACUUAAAGCAUUGGUUUAAUAGAGUUUUUAUCUAAGUAAUUUAAUUGGACAAAAAGAGUUUGUUCUUUCUGCAACAGUAUUAAAUUAAGGUUAAAGUACAAUAAGCUAGUGCAAUCACUAAAUCUUUAUCCUCAAUAUGUGGCAUAAUAGAAAUACUAAAACUAUCACAGUGUAAGACCAUAUUUUUUACUUGGUUUCAUUUGAGAGUUUACUUUUUAUACUGUUUCCUCUGUGAUUUUUGUACUAUUGGUGUAUAGUUUGGGUCUGAAGAAGUCUUUUGGGAUUAUUGCUUAAUGUUUUGAUUUUAUGAUAGUGAUGCUUGUAUUCAGUGUUUUGCCAAAUAAUAUUAUAUGCUUGUUAAUAAAAGUAAAAAAGCUAAUUGAAAUCCUGCAAGGCUGGUGGUAGUUGUUCCAUUCCCCCCCACCCCUGCCCCAGCCCCCAGUACUAUAUUAUGUGAGCUAGUCCUUUAUGUUCUUAAACACACAACGAUUGGAACAUGAAUGACAUGCAUGGUUCCAUAAUCAAUAUUUAUCCCCAUACUUUACUACUUAUCAUGCUGAAAUUAACUAUUAAUGUCAGUUAAUAUCUUCUAUUGGAGAGGUGUGUAGGUGUUUUUCCAUCUAUAUGUAUUUGUGUAUCUAAAUAUACUUACCCUACAUGUACAUGUUACUUUAAGUUUUGCUUACAACUGAUGAUGCUGAUGUAGAGGGGUAGACUGGACUGUAACACAAGUAACAUUGAAAUGCAUACCAACCCAAAUUCUGUUUGUUCUCAAAUAGGGGG